CGAGUGUGACAUCCCUGCCCUGCCCUGCCCUGCCUCUUAAACAGCUGGCCUUUUUUGAUUAGCCUCCAUCCAGCCUCCUCCUGCAGGCAAAGAUAAUUUAUUUCGCCAGGUUUUCUUUGCCUUCUUAUAGCCGCAGUGGUUAUUGUGAGUUUCUUGUGGGUAGCUGGACUAGAGAUCCUUUCAAAAGAGAAGAAAAUAUAGCCAUGAUUUAGCAAGGUUCAAUCUCUGGGUCUCCCUGGAGAAGUUCUCGAGAUGUUACAAGGUCCUUUUUCAAACUGUAGAACCUGGGGGGCUUUCCGGGGGUCUCUACACCCCUCUCUGCCUGGAAUUUUGGUCUGUUCCGGCAAAACCUUUCUCACAUUCUGGAGAUGGCAGUUGAAUGAAAGAAUUCUGCCGGGGAGGGUGGGGGCAGCCAGGGGUUAGAGGGUGACUGGAAACAUGAAGGCUAACGAUGACCUUCUAAUCUAAGCCAUACAUCUGGCCAACGUUUUCAGUCCAGGGUUAGGAGAUGUUAGGGUCCAAAACCCAUAUUGAGAUGAUCUUGGGUUCUCCUGCGUAGACAACAUCUCCAGGGCCCCUUCCAAGAAUUCCUGUUGACUGGGCGGCAUGAGCUCCAUCCUUGGUUGAAAGGUCUUCAGGAUGGACCUGAAGGAACUAGGCCGAGGAAAAGCUGAAGUGAAGUAACCGCUGGGCUGGGCGUGAAGGGAGUCCUUUUUGGAUGACUAUUGAAAAGAAUGCCGUUUCUUCAUGGCUUCCGUAGAAUCAUCUUCGAAUAUCAGCCUUUAGUAGACGCUAUCUUGGGGUGUCUGGGAUUACAAGAUCCCGAACAUCAGGAGUUGCCAGAGAGCUCCAGGUCUGUGGCCGAAGACCAGAGCAAAUUUCUGGUUCUCCAGAAGCUGUUGGAAAGCGAGUCCCAGUCGGCUUUUUACCAAGAAGGCGUGAGCUACACCUUGUUGAAGGUCGCUGAGCUUGGGCUGGUCCAGGCAGCUGAACUCCUUUUGCACAAUGGGGCAGAUAUCACCUUUGAAGAUCCGGUCACUUACUACACAGCCUUGCACAUCGCGGUGCUGCGGAACCAGCCUGACAUGGUGGAGCUGCUGGUGCAACGCGGCGCAGACAUCAACCGCCGAGACCGGAUUCAUGAAAGUAGUCCUCUGGAUCUAGCCAGCGAAGAGCCGGAACGCUUGCCUUGUCUGCGGCGUCUCCUAGAACUCGGGGCUGAUAUCAACGCUGCUGAUAAACAUGGAAAGACAGCUUUGCUGCAUGCGCUGGCCAGCAGCGACGGGGUUCAAAUCCACAACAUAGAAAACAUCCGGCUUUUGUUGGAAGGAGGCGCAGACGUCAAGGCCGCCACCAAAGACGGGGACACGGUGUUCACCUUCAUCAUCUUCCUGCUGGGCGAGACGGUGGGCAGCGACGCCGAAGAGGCCAAGCUGAUCAACCACUUCUGCUUCCAGGCCACACGGCUGCUGAUGGCCCAUGGGGCCAACCCCAGCGAGUGCCCGCCUUACGAGUCCCUCACCCACCUCUGCCUCAAGAGCUUCCGGCUGCAUUUCCCGCUGCUGCGCUUCCUCUUAGAAUCGGGGGCCUCACCCAGCUGCUCCCUCCACGGACCUGCCUGCUGGUCCGGCUUCGACACCAUCUUUGAGCGCCUCUCUUCCCAUCUCAGCGAGUCGGAGGACGACAGCUUCUCCUUAGACUUGCUGCAGAAAGCCGAGAUCGCCCUGGAGCUGAUGAUGGCCAGCGGCCCGGUGGUCAAGCUACCCAGCAACUUCCAGAUUGACCUGAGCCACUGCCGGUACCACCAGGAGAAGAUUCAGGCACUUUUCGGGAAGCUGAAACAGCUGGAGAACAGCCCGCCUACCUUGAAGCACCUCUGCCGAGUCUACCUGCGGCAAUAUCUCCAACCUUGGCCCGUGGACGUCAAGGUGAAGGCCCUCCCUCUGCCCAACUGCUUGAAGAGGUACCUCCUUAUAGAUCCAAGUGCCUCUCUGGAGCAGGUGUGACCUCCCCAGAUGAGAAUGGACCUCGGACAUUUGCCAUCCCGGAUCUCGCCACGCUGCGCAGCCAGUGCAUGAACUGCAAGAUCUCCGUUCAGUGUCCAACAGCCGGUUACGUGGUGUCUGUGGCAGCCCACUUGAGUGGUGGCUACAUGGGAAUGAAUUGGACUGGGGGGAGGUGGAAUCUGCAACAGAAUCACAUCCUGAUGGCAGCUAAGCUGGUGGAAAAGCCCUUUGUGGAGUUGUGUGCCAGCCGAGGAAGGAUUCGCCCCUCUGUGCCAAAGGAUUGUGAGGUUGUGUAGGCUUAUGCUGAAGCCGUAUUGAACACCCAGGGUUGGGACAGGAAUGUCAACAGCUGAUUAAAAGGAUGCCCCUACGCUGUUCA